AUGCGUAACGACCAGUUGGAACUACCACUUAAAGGUGUUCUUGGAGAAAAAGCAGCGCAAGCGUAUUACAGCUAUAGGCAUUGGCUGUUCCAUCAAAAUUCAGCGACAAUUCAUAAGGAGGAGACAGCUCAAGCCCGAUAUCGUGAGAAGCUGUUCAGUUUCAUUCUGGCUAAAAGUGAUCUUUUUCCGGACGCCGUUUUCCUGAUUGGGCUGUCCGGAAAUGCACCGGAAGACCCAUGCCACCCGACAUCGGAAUCUCAGUUGGCAGAAGCUAGACCUUUUCCCAGUUUUGUGAGCCUCCAGAGGUAG